AAGUCAUGUGAUUUCAUUUCUGUAGGCAGCGAGAGAGACACACAAGUCGCUGUUCAAUAUAUUGCAGCGUUUGAAACAAAGUAUCUAGUAGUUGUAUUUUCACUCCGGGCACGUCCAACAUGGCUUGGACGAAGUAUCAACUCUUUCUUGCGGGUCUUAUGCUCACAACCGGCUCUAUCAACACGCUAUCAGCAAAAUGGGCUGACAUGUUCUCCGCAAAGGGUUGCAAAGACUCCCCUGAACACACAUUCUCCCACCCAUUUGUACAGGCCGUAGGGAUGUUCCUGGGGGAGCUCAGUUGUCUGGCCGUCUUCCACAUGCUGCUUUGUCAUGACAGACGAAGACCAGAGCCCAAGAUGAACACGGGCCAGAGCUUCAACCCCCUCCUCUUCCUCCCCCCUGCCCUCUGUGACAUGACCGCUACCUCCAUCAUGUAUGUCGCCCUGAACAUGACGAGUGCCUCCAGCUUCCAGAUGCUGCGUGGGGCGGUGAUCGUCUUCACAGGCCUGCUGUCGGUGGCCUUCCUGGGGCGCCGCCUGGUGGCCAGUCAGUGGACGGGCAUCUUCAUCACGAUUCUGGGCCUGGUAGUGGUGGGCCUGGCCGACUUCAUGAGCGGAAACAAGGACGACUCACACAAACUCAGCGAGGUCAUCACUGGUGACCUUCUGAUCAUCAUGGCCCAGGUCAUUGCUGCUGUCCAGAUGGUUCUGGAGGAGAAGUUUGUCUACAAGCACGACGUUCAUCCUUUACGGGCAGUGGGCACUGAAGGGUUCUUUGGCUUCUUCAUCCUCUCGCUCCUCCUCAUCCCUUUCUUCUAUGUCCCGGUGGGGAGCUUCAGCAACAACCCCCGCCACGUCCUCGAGGACGCGCUGGACGCCUUCUGCCAGAUCGGCAACAACCCCAUGAUCGUCCUGGCGUUGCUCGGCAACACAGUGUCUAUCGCCUUCUUCAACUUCGCCGGCAUCUCCGUCACCAAGGAAAUCAGCGCCACCACGCGCAUGGUGCUGGACAGUCUGCGCACCGUGGUGAUCUGGGUGGUCAGUCUGGCUCUGGGCUGGGAGCAGUUCCAUGGGUUACAGGUGUUGGGUUUCAUUGUGUUGUUGGUGGGUGCAGCGCUGUAUAAUGGACUUCAUCGCCCUCUGCUGGCGAGGAUUCCGUGCUGCGCCAGCAUGGUGGAGGAAGAGGAGGGCAACCCGGCAGAGAGGGCGAGACUGCUGGAUGAGGGAAGGGUGCAGGAGGAGACCUAACUGACUGACCUGACAUGAUGAUGUCGCAACAUGCUGAAAGUGUGUGUGUGUGUGUGUGUGGUGGUGGUGGUGGGGGGGGGGGUCUGACAUAACUUCACCAUACCCCUAACCACACCAUUUGUGUGUGUGUGACACGAAGACAACACAUUUCUCAGAUUACUGUACAAGACACUCUUUAAAACCGUGUUGUUCACUCCUGGUAGUACAUUUCAGGUGACAUGUUGAUAUGAUCUUGGAAUAGCCUUCUUCAUGUCAUGCUGCAGCAUCAGUUAAAUGUGUGUGUCAAUGGUGGCAGACAUUUUAUAAAUCACCUAAAGGUGAAGCAUAACAUCGUUUGAUAGAGAGUGCCAUACUGUGGUCAUUGGUAGAUAUUCACGACUGAAAUUAUUGGCACCCUUUAUAAAGAUGAGCAAAAACCACUAUAAAAUAAAUAAUACAAAUAGUGAGCUAUAUUGUAUGCAAUUUUGGGGGGGGGAAUUAUAUUAUUUUAUACUAAUACAAUUGCUCAGAUUAAACGAUUUUGUUUAAGUCAUUAAAAAAAAGGGAAUAUUGAUUAAAAAAUGUAAAUCACGCUGUAAAGCUGAACGAUGCGGGUUGAAUAGAGACCUAAGUUAAUACAAGUCCAUGAUUUCAUACCAGGGGAAGUCAGAAAUAAGAGGUCAGUACAAAUGCCAAUGCUCCCGCUUUAGCGGAGACUACAUUCUCGGUAAACGCUGCAUAUGUCGGCUCAAUCGGAAAUUACCUUUACAUUUCUAUCGCGGAAUCUGUAAUGCUUCAGUUUUACAGAUUGAAUAGAGCGAAUAGACAAGAUAUUGCACAUGGAACUUGCGAGCUAUUGGUUUCAUGCUUUUUUUAAUGGUUUUCUAUUAUUGCACUGUACAUUUUACCAGCGACCACAGUUAGCUGAAAUGUUCCCCACUGAAUACUUGUUGCAGAAUGACUGACUUUGUGAGAGUACCAAUGCCAAUAUCAAUGCAGUACCUCAAGUGUGAUUUGGGAUCUAUGAGUUAAUCAUUCCUGCAUGAUUGCAAUGGUUUUGGCUAUAUUCAUAUAUUCAUUGACUGGCACAUUAUCACAUGUAAAUGUUGUAAAAAGCACAUGCUUCUUGGUAUAUCUUUUUCUAUCAUUGGGUAGCGUUUGUGAAUAUUGCUGGCGCUAUCCCUAAGGCUAUGCCAUAGAUUAAAUAGGUUAGUUGAGCAGCCUACCAAGCUCUCAGUAAGUGAAAGGGAACUGUUUUCGGUACAUAGAAUAUUAAUGUUUAUGCUUUUUUGAGACCUAUGCUGCACCUUUUGAUUAGGACAUAGAUUUGCUUGUGAUUUGCAGUGUCAUGUGAAACGUUGACUGGAUGCAAUGAAUUUGGCAACAAAAAAAAGGGAAAUGGAGAGGGUUUCCCGUUAAAUGCUUUUUAAAAUAGUAAUGAAAUAAAAUGUUUCUGGGUGGAAAAUGUGCUAGAUUAUA